GUGCCUUUGAAUGACACCUUCAGCGUGUUCGUGUCCCAAGUGCCGGGUGCGGCAAACCGCUUCCAGGAGAUGCUGCGUGGCUCUCCUGAGGUUACCAACAUUACCACUGACAUCCUCCAGGGUGGCGAUACUGUUUGGCCGGCGUCGAUAAUUCUGGCUCGAUGGCUGGCCAUUCAGCCACCCGUGGUGUCUAUGGAAGGCCUCAACGUGCUGGAGUUUGGGGCGGGCCUGGGACUUGGUGGUGUAAGCUGCGCGGGCUUCGGCGCACGGGCCGUGCUGCUACAAGACCGAGACCCUGCGUGUCUUAGGCAAGCUGUAGAGACAGCCGUGCGCAGCGGCGUGGCACCUUGGAUCACGACCUUGCGCUGCGACUACGGCGAAUUGCCGGCGAAGCUUGCGGCGGGCAAGGAGGCCCUGCAAGAGUUUGCUCAGCCAGACGUGUUCGUCGGUUGCGAUGUGCUCCUGAACCAGGCGAGUGUUGAGGAGAUCGUGUCCGUGCUGAACCUGCUCAUGCGCAGCCCUUCCCAGGUGGCCUACUUCAUGGACCCUUACACGCGUCCUCACAGGAAACUGUUCAU